AUGAAGCUCAGGACCCGGCGCGAGAAACAUUUCAAGCAUAACCUGCGUGAGAUGGGAGUUGGACCCUGUGAGCCGGUCCAGGCCCAGGAGUCCAACAAGGAGCCCUCGUCAAGCACACACGGCACUCACGCACAAGAACAAAGUCGACAAGAAUCAGGGCCAGUUACUUCAACCCCAAGCCCGCCGCCCAAAUCGGGGAGCAGGAGCAAAACUCAUUCAUCGCAAAAGAGCGCCAAUGCGGCGAUAAGUCCACCGCAAAACCUAAGCCUUUGCAGAUAUUGUGGCUCCGUCUACCAACCGGAAACCCCAGAGGCAUCGGUGCCCACCGAAGGUUCCAUCAAGGCUUUGGGGAGUGUCGAGGCAAGAUAUGGCCCAAAGAUGGCCAGGCUUUGCAAACAACAUCGACAGCGAGCAGAGAAGCUGAUUCAGCUUCUCAAGCACAGCUUCAACAGUCCUUACAUGGACGAGAGCCAAACAAAUGCUGCCAAAGCAGGCCCCGAAGAUGGUAAGAUUAUGAUCCAGGUCUCUACGUCAGCAGCCGAUAGGCCCUGGGAAUGGCUGAAGAGAAAUCGAUGCAGGGAUGAUGGAGAGAAGGCGCGUAAGGUGGACAAGGGAUCUGCAGGAGGAGAAGAAGCAAGGAAUGCGGCUCCCAGUCCUGAGCCAAAGAUCUCUCAGGUCGACGGACUGCUGGAGGACCGCGAGGGACGUUUGAAACACUCCGAUGGCGCCACGGUUACUCCGGGCGUCGCCUCCCUGCAAGCAAAUGAGGCAAGUGUUGCCUCGCAGUCGUUGGACCUGGACCUGCUGUGGUCGUAUGCUUUUCCUCAUGAGCCUCUGGAGGACAAAGCCAAAGCAGAUGUGCAUGAUCUGGGUCUUCCCAAGUGGUACGUGGAUUUGACCACAGCUCCGCCAGUUGUUCCUCAGGAGUCUCCGCAGCCAACGAUCCGAAUUCGCAGCCUCACGCGGGGGGAGGGACGAAAGACUCGGCGAACCAGCAACCCUCAGGUUGGUGCACAACAUGUCAGGACUCCAAGUGCUGCUUUGGCUGGCUCGCCCAAGGCAGAUGGCAGCACUGGGAGAAGUAUCUUUUGCGGCAGCACACAACAGGCUCGGCUCGAGAGGUUUCAAAGGGAUCUCAAGGGCUUGCGGGCACGCUGGAUGCUGAUUGAAAGACAUUGA